AUGUUGAGACUGGCCUGUGCGGGCGAGUCAUGCCUGCCCCCAACAGCGAGCCCACAGCAAGCCCACAGCGAGUCCACAGCAAGCCCACAGCAACCCCCACAGCAAACCCACAGCAACCCCCAGAGCCCACAGCGAGUCCACAGCAAGCCCACAGCAACCCCCACAGCAAACCCACAGCAACCCCCAGAGCCCACAGCGAGUCCACAGCAACCCCACAGCAACCCCACAGCAAACCCACAGCAACCCCCACAGCAACCCCCACAGCAAGACAGCAAGCAUACUUUGAGCACCCACAGUAAGCCCACAGCAGGCCCCCACACAGCCAUGUCCAGCAACCCCCACAGCAAACCCACAGCAACCCCCAGAGCCCACAGCGAGUCCACAGCAAGCCCACAGCAACCCCCACAGCAAACCCACAGCAACCCCCAGAGCCCACAGCGAGUCCACAGCAACCCCACAGCAACCCCACAGCAAACCCACAGCAACCCCACAGCAACCCCACAGCAAACCCACAGCAACCCCCACAGCAACCCCCACAGCAAGACAGCAAGCAUACUUUGA